AUGUAAAUAUAAAAGAAAACAGAAAAUAGUAACUUAUUUAAUUUACACAACAAAUAAAUAAAAAAUUGAUUUAAUGUAUAAUAAUAACAUAUUUAAUAUUACUUAUUACCAUAAGUAUUACAAUAUUAAUAACGGUACUAAUAAAUAUAUUAAAAAUAAUACAAUUCUUUUGAACAUAUUCUUACCAGAAUCACCAACGACAAUAAUUUUAACUUUAUCUAUCGCUGCCAUUAAUAAUUUUGGUUAAAUCAUAGGAAGAUGUAUUCUUUUUACAAUCCUGUCGUUUGACAGGUAUUUAAUUAUUUGAGAAUUUUGUACCAUGAAUACAUAACCUUACAAAUAAUAGUAGUUAUAAACAAGCGUCUGUCGGAACAGUAUUUUAUCGUUCUUAAGCGAUUGAUGAAAUUAUGAAUCUCCCGCUUUUAUAUUUUAUUAUUUUUGCGAGAACCUACGCUUAGUAUUAUGACGUAUAUUUUAAUAUACUUUUAUUGAUAUUCGUAUAAGAUAUUUUCUGAUAAAGAUAUUAUUUAUAAGUCCUUAAAGUGAUUUCAACAAUAUUUUAUUACAUGUAACACAAGAAAGAUGAGUGGUGAAGAACGACUUGUUACAGAAGUUCCAAGUAGUUUAAAACAAUUAGCACGUUUGGUAGUACGUGGAUUUUAUACAAUAGAGGAUGCAUUAAUUGUUGAUAUGUUAGUCAGAAAUCCAUGUAUGAAAGAAGAUGACAUUUGUGAACUUUUGAAAUUUGAACGUAAAAUGUUAAGGGCUAGGAUAUCUACAUUACGUAAUGAUAAAUUCAUACAAGUGAGAUUAAAAAUGGAAACUGGUUCAGAUGGGAAAGCUCAAAAAGUUAACUACUAUUUCAUUAAUUACAAGACUUUUGUAAAUGUGGUUAAAUAUAAGUUAGACUUAAUGAGGAAAAGAAUGGAAACAGAAGAAAGAGAUGCAACAAGCAGGGCAAGUUUCAAAUGUACAAGUUGUUUAAAAACGUUUACUGAUCUUGAGGCAGAUCAAUUGUUUGAUAUGACCACUGGUGAAUUUAGAUGCACUUAUUGUCGUGAGGUAGUGGAGGAAGAUCAGUCUGCCCUUCCGAAGAAAGAUUCAAGGCUAUUAUUAGCUAAAUUUAAUGAACAAUUAGAGCCCCUUUAUAUUCUACUACGAGAAGUAGAAGGUAUCAAAUUGGCUCCUGAAAUAUUAGAACCAGAACCAGUUGAUAUAAACACCAUUAAGGGUAUUGAUACAAGGAAACCUAGUAGUCUAAGAGCACCUGGUGAACAAUGGUCUGGUGAAGCUACAAGGUCAUCAGGUUUCAUGGUAGAAGAUACUAGAGUAGAUGUUACAAUUGGCGAUGAAUCUGCUGACGAUAACGCGGCAAACAGAAGAAAGGAAAGACCAAUUUGGAUGAUGGAAAGUACAGUCAUCAAUUCUGACUCUCAGCCGGAUGGAGUUAACACACAGGAAAAUAUAUUAGAUAAAGCUGCAGCUACUGCCACUAAUACAACCACGACGAAUAAUAAGCAGGGUGAAGAUAUUAUGUCUGUAUUAUUGGCUCAUGAGAAGAAAGGAGGAACAAAUGCAUCAGCUGCCAUAAAAUCUGUACUACCUCAAGAAUCUAGUGAUAGUAGUGAUAAUGAAGAAGUUGCUGAAAUGCAAACGAUUGAUACAGGAGAGGUGGAAACAAUGGAUUCGGAAGACGAUGAUCUUGUUCCAACGGUAACAGUCGCAGGGAAAACUGUUGCUAUUGCAGAUGUGAACGACACGUUAAUUGCAGAGAUGACUCCGGUAGAAAAGGAAGCGUAUAUUCAGGCAUAUCAAGAAUAUUAUUCUCAUAUGUAUGAUUAAAUAGAAUACAGUCAGCAUUGUUAAAUACUGGCAGUGCUACCCAAGACUGAACAGUUAUUGAAAUCCUUGUAAUAUUUUGUAUAGUUAUAAAAUAUAUAAUUUUCUGGGAUUGGUAACAGUUGAUAUUUUCUUAACUUAAACGAUUAGGUAUGUCAAUGUGAUGUUCAAAGAUAAAAAUAAUAAGAUACCAGAUAUCCGCAUUUUGCAGUAUUUAUAUUUUUCUUCUAACAUACAGAUUAUAACUCAACAAUGUCAUCAAGUUGUAAUAAAUAAACAUUUACAGACACGUUAUAAUCACAAUUAAUCAAAAUUAAUAGCAUACAUGUCACUUCUGGUAAGGCGGGAAAGUUUUAAAACUUAGCCGAAUAUAAAGUAUUUAUUAAGCUUACUUUGAAUUAUCCUUUUUUUGUUUGUCUUCAUGAGAAUUUCUAGCCGACCACCACCAUCGGAUAGAAAUUUUAAGACGAUACACAUUUUUCAUAUGAUACUUUUCGCUUUUUUUUGUAUUUUUUUUUGCCACAUUUUUUUUUACAUUAAUAUUUAUUUACUUCCACAUGUCGCUGCGCAGACGAAUUGGUACAGCAAGUAAUUUUACUUUCUGCACCAUUUUAUUCUUCGUUCAGUGUUCCAGUUAAAUUACAUCAAAAGAAUCCUAGAGGCAACGCGAUCUAAUUAUAUACAUUGUAUUGCAAUUUUCACUACUUAAUGCAAUUCUAUUGAUUCCUGAAUUAAAUGUACUGUAACCUAUUCUAGAGUCUAAGAUUCUUUUGACAUAAAUAAUUGCCUUUUUAAAAAUGAUUUAUUCUGGUUCGUUCAGACGUAAGCGAGCGAAGUCUUCGAACACGAUAUUGUCGUCAUCGUCGUUAGAAUAACAGGAAUUUUCGUAGCGUGUUCUUUCCACGCUCUUAUUCUUCUUCAAUAUGGCCCUCUCUUUUUCUGCAGCUCCUAAAGCGAUAGAAU